AUGCUGUCGAGAAAGUCCUUCAGUGGUUACUUAUCCAUUGAUGCAAGAUGGACGCACAGGCGAAACUCGCCAAGUUGUACAGUAACUGCGCUCGAUGCUGUCACAAAAAGAGUUCUUGCAUGCGUGAACAUCAACCAUAUUGGUGGAAACAGACAGCAUGCUCAGUAUUCCGGAGCUUCCAACAAUAUGGAAAGUGCUGGAACUCGAAUCAUCUUGAAGCAAUUAAAGAAAUACAAUAUCUUGAAAGAUGUUAAAGAGAUUAUUAAAGACCGAGAUAACAAAAGUGUCUCUGU